UCGGUGCUCCGCGCCUGCCCUCGGUGCUCCGCGCCGCGCGUCCGCCCAGUCGUCAUGGCCGGGCUCGUGGUCAGUGGAACUCAAGUGUCCUACAUAGGCCAGGACUGCAGAGAAAUUCCAGAGCACCUUGGCAGGGACUGUGGACAUUUCGCAAAGAGGCUCGAUCUGAGCUUUAACCUUCUGAGGUCACUGGAAGGACUGAGCGCGUUCAGGAGCCUGGAGGAACUCAUCUUGGACAACAAUCUGCUCGGGAACGACCUCGUGUUGCCAGGGUUACCCAGGCUUCAUACCUUAACCCUCAACAAGAACCAGAUCACUGACUUGGAGUGUCUUCUUGAUCACCUGGCAGAAGUGACACCAGCGUUGGAGUACCUCAGCCUGCUGGGUAAUGUGGCCUGUCCCAACGAGCUGGUCAGCUUAGAAAAGGAUGAGGAAGACUACAAGAGAUACAGAUGCUUUGUUCUGCACAAGCUGCCCAAUUUGAAGUUUCUGGAUGCCCGGAAAGUAACCAGACAAGAACGAGAGGAAGCUUUGCUCAGAGGGUCAUUCAUGAAGGUGGUGAAGCCCAAGGCUUCCAGUGACUGCAUCACGGCCUCUCCAGUGCACCACUAUACACCCCUGCCUUCUGCUUCCAGGGAUCUCACCAAUCAUCGAGAUGAAAGUUUGCAUUAACAAGGAGGAAGCUUUGUAUUUAUAAUGGAAAAUUAAUUUUGAAAAUUUUGUGAUGAGAUGAAACACAAAACUUUUUGAUAAAGCCUGGAGUCACAGAAACACUGCUCAUUUGCAUUCUUCUUUGGCUCAUCAUUCCUGAAAAUGAUCUUUGUGAUAAUGGAAGAAGCACUGAAUCAGAAGAACUGAAAGCCAACCAUAGCUUUUUCCUAUAAUAAUUUUAUCUUUUUGAAUGCAUUUUUUUCAUCUUUCUAAAUCUUAUUUGCUUCAUCUGUGGACUGGGGGUAAUAUAACCUAUCUGUUAAUGCUAGGGAUUAAAUGAAUGAUGAAUUUAAAGCACCCGGUAGAGUGUCUUGCACACAGAAUGAAUGAGUAUCUGAUGCUGUGAAGGGCUAUGGAUGUGCCAUGUUUCUGGGGGACAAUCUGCCUCCAUCUCCAGGGACAUGCCUGAUGCAGAAGACAAUUCUACCAAAAGAAAACUCAAAACAGAGAACGUUUAUUAUGUUAAUGGUUAGAUGGCCUAAGGACUUAUUAUGUUCAGGGGCAGAAAUUUUGUUAUGUCUUUUCCUGUUAAUGUUAGAAAGAAAAUCCUCACCCCAUUAGAAUCACUCAUUGUAGUGUUGCUCAACAUGUCCCAAGCCCUUCCUGCCCUUGAGAAUCUGCCCAGCCUCUAUGCUGUAGCUGUCAGGGACUGUAACUGCCUUUAACGUCCAAGAGUGAUUGGUAGAUAUCAUGCCACAUGGUCCCUAGAAUACAUGGGCAUAGGUCAUUCCAGAUAGGAAGAUGAGACAUGUGAAUUGAAUCGCAGAAGUGAGAGUGGAUAUCCCAUCUUGUUCCUAAUGGAGGGAAAGCACUCAGUCUUACCAUUUUCAGUAUGAUGUUAGCUGUGGUUUCUGUAGGCGACCUUUAUCAGAUUGAGGAACUUCCCUUUUAUUCCUA